AUGCCAAGGAAUCGCUUCACCGUCCCGGCGGAGGUUUACGAGCGCAAUGUCAUCCAGGUGCCGGCCAGCGCCAGUCCCAGCGACGAGGUCAUCAUCAUCUCCCCCACCCCACAAAAUCCUCCCAGUGCGCAGCGGGUUGCCUACUGGAUUCAGGGCAAUGGACGACCCAUCCAGAUCAACAAAAAAGCGUUCUCGCUGGCACCCAGCACAAAGUCCAAGAAAUGCCCGACAGAGUAUCUGGCCAUCUGGGAUUUACGAUAUCCGUAUUAUGUUAAGCAGCUCUCCUGCCAAGAUGGGCCGGAAUUUCCUUUCUACUCUUACAGCGACUCGGUGAUGAUGCUCUUUGUGUCUGACCAGACUGACGGCACCGGGAGUUUUUCCGGCUUCCAGCUUGCCGUUUCCGAACUUGUCCCGGGGAUAAAACUAAGGCGCCCGGAUUGUCCCAACGGGGAAGACGAAAUCUGCACGACCAAAUGCGGCAUCGCCAGUGUAACGUCUACCGAACAGAAUCGCAUCGUCGGCGGCACUGAAGCUGUGCCUCAUGCGUGUCCGUGGCACGUCAAGAUUGUCGUCAAAGGAUUCCAGUGCGGUGGAUCGCUGGUGGCGCCCGGCUGGAUUGUGACCGCCGCUCACUGUUGUGUGCCCAGAAACCGCACGCUAAAAAGCACACAUGACCCUGGUGAUGUCAGCGUCAGGCUGGGUUUUCACAGCUGCAAGGAUCCCUCCGAUGGAACAAACGUGGACGUGGCGAAAAUAUUCGUACCAUCCUCGUACAGAGAGACACGAUUGGGUGUCAACUACGACUACUGUCUGCUUAAACUUCAACAGACGGUGGAUUUCGCGCCGACCAUCCAGCCGAUCUGCCUGCCGCGGCCCUUCUCCGGACCGGUGGCAGGGGAGAAAUGCACGGCUACCGGAUGUGGCAACAGCGUCCAGAUGAGCGGCGCGGAGAGCACCCCGCCACCGGUCAUCCAACCGGACAACCUGAUGGCGGUCAACUUGACCGUCUUAGACAGCAACCAAUGUUAUCAGCAAUACUUCGGCGGUUUAACACCGGAGCUUCUCUGCACACUGGAGAAGGAUAAAGACACGUGUCAAGGGGACAGCGGCGGACCGCUAGCCUGCUCCGGUCCCGAUAAGAAAAGCAACCAGUUCCAGUUAUCCGGAAUUGUCUCCUUUGGCCGAGGCUGUGCGUGGAAUACGCCGGGUUAUUUCGCCGACGGACGUCGCUUGCUGCCGUUCCUCAUUGAGAGUGUGUACACUGAGGGUAAAUGGGGCUGGCACGCCGAUACGUCCGUGCCGCCCAUCGACGGCCUCUCCCUGCGGGCGAUGCCGUAUACACCACGCGUCAUCCCCAACCGCGCCUAUAUGGCAGCGCCUCCGUCCACUGCCGUGUAUCUUGCUGUUCCUGUCGUUUUGCUAAUGCGACCGGUUAUAUGUGGUUGCGGACGAUGCUAAGAAAAGUGUUAAA